AUGGAAUUCCAUAAUACACAAAAAAAUGACUUAUUCAAGGCUAAAUGGACUUCUAAAAAAGCAUAUUUAAAAUUGUGUGCUUUACAUUUUUAUGGAAUUCAAAAAAAAGAAUAUAAGAAAAAUUACUCAAAGCUCUUUCUUUAUAAGCUUUUUAAAGUUCUAUUUAUUUCUCUUUUAUACACUUUUUUAGAAUAUAUAUGUGAAUCUGGUGAUAAAAUAACUUUAGCAUAUCAAUAUAGUAAAUACCAUAUGAGAACAUUAGUAGAAAAAAAAAAGAAUGAAACAUAUUUUAAAGAGAUUCAACAAAAUGAAAAUUUUAAUAAAAUUUGGGAGAAUUGUAUAGAGAAUUGGAGAAUUCAGGUUUUUUUUAUGAAUUCAGAAUUUCUUGUAGAAUGGAUUUUAUUUUGUUCAAUGAAUAAUGUAAAGGAAGAAUGCAAGAAUGAAUGGUGGGGUAAAUGGAUUGAAGAAAUUACAGAUAAAGUUAAAAGUAAGUAUGAUCGAGAUAACUGUGAUUAUGAAAAAAAUAAAGGGGGAAGAUGCUCCCUCGAAAGGUUUAAUAAUUUUCUUGAGAUGAAAAAGAGGUCAUUCAGAGAAUUUAAGAUAAUUCAUUCGAAUCUAUGGAAAAAAUUUCUUGGGGAUUGUGAAGAGAAUUUAAGAAAAACUAAAGAACUUGAGAAUGCUUCAGAAGAAGUAAAAUAA